CUCUUAGAAAUUACUUUGGGUGUGUUUUUGUUUGAGUAUUUAGGCUACGUCCAGGUUGCUUGACAGCUCUAACGGUCAAUUUUGACAACAUUAAUGCUAUAGCUCGUUAUUGUUAUUGAUUUUCAGCUGUUACUGAAGAUGAAUGUGUUAUGUGUUAGCUAGCCACCUACUAUCUAGUUAGUGCUAGAGAGUAAUUGCUACAUUCAGUCUCCUUUUUUUCUCCCUUCUGGCUACAGAUCUUUUUAGCUGAUAUGGAAAACACUGAUGCAACUUUUGGCACCUUCAUCAACCCCAACUACUUCCCGGGAAAGUUGUGGCGUUUGGUGAACGAUCCCCAGAUUUGCUCAGUCUGGUGGGACAACAGCGGGGAAGGGAUACUUGUUCAUCAGGAAACAUUCGAAGCCGAAGUGUUAUUGUCCCAACCCACACAUUUGUCUGAGUACUUCAGGACAACUGACUUCAUAAGUUUCGUUCGCCAGCUGAACCUGUAUGGCUUCAAAAAACAACGCACGAACAUCUCGGACAAGCAGUCGUACAACUCUUCGAUUAAAGCCCAACUGCACCAUUUUCAAAACCCGUACUUCAAACGGGAUAAGCCCGAGCUCCUGCUCGAUAUAAAGCGACGCACGCCUCUCAAUAAGGCCAAGCUCGCCGGCUUAAAGGUGACGGGCAGGACGCCCAGACGUUUCUAUCACGUGAUGCAGAAUUCAGCACAGGAAACCUCUGGCUUAAUGAGAACAGGUUCAGUCUUGCUUGAACAUCAGGGAACCCCUUACCACCAUCCCUGUAAUGUCCCUCAGCAGGAGCAGAGGAGCAACACACCUCAUCACUCACAGUACGGAUUUUACACACCAGUGUAUCAGCGCUGUAGCCCAGACGUCUUGGAUUCAACAGUGCCAUGCUCUCAACAACCAGCUGCUUCCUGCUCUCCUAGUGGCUAUCACCCUGACUACUCAGUCGGAUACGCUGACCCGAUCGAUCAGGAUCCAUACUGGAGAGCAGGUGAUGUUCCAGAGUCCAGGACGAGUGACCUGGGCAUAGAGAAAGAGGAACUGGACGCUAUAUUAGAGCUGGCGUUGGACAUGCAGGUCAGAUUAGAUGAUUUCCCAUCAAGAACAGCCCCGAGUGUGUAUCUGUGCUUACAGUGUAGUCAGAGCUGCCGUAGUACCAUAAGGUCCAAUAAUCGGAAUCCAGAACCAAGAACUGUUCACACGGUUCAAGAACAUACAGUGCCCUCCACUAAUAUUGGCACCCUUGGUAAAUAUGAGUAAAGGAUGCUGCGAAAAUGUGUCUUUAUUGUUGAGCCUUUUGACCUUUUGUUCAGCCUUCCUUGCUUAUAUUUACCAAGGGUGCCAAUAUUAGUGGAGGGCACUGUAUGUGGUGUAAAUUCCGUAGGUACGGAAAAACACUGACACCAUAGUAUAACCAUAAAAUGUGUGCAGUGUAAAUCAGUGUGUAGCCACCAUUGUUAAUGCGUAUUAUUCAUUAUAUUCAUUCCUUAUUUCUGUUCUUGCUCCUGUUGUAAAAUAAUCAGCACAUGACUGAACAAAACUUUUUCUUUUGUCACGAAUUUGCAGUCAGAAGUUUAUAGACUUGUUUGUGAGGUAAUGGAUUUGAGUUUAUGGGUGCG